GUCAGAAAUGACGCAACACUCGGCAAAUGUUUUGUUUUCAAUAGUUUGAUGUAAUCUGGUUUGUUUUCGUUGCUUUCCUUUCGAUUACAGAUAGGCCAGAGGCUGUACCUUAAUCUAGCGGAAAAGCAAAAGGAAAAAGAUAAUGUUGAAAACUGCAUGCUGGAAGAAGACGCCGCAACACUAGAACAAAAAAACAUUUCAGUGAAGCUACAGCAGGUUGCAGGCGUCGAGAAGUUACCGCUGACUACCAAAAAUAACGACCUUAAACAGUAUAAACCGGAUGAGCCGUAGCCUAAACCGCACAUCUCCAUCUUCUUCACACCAUGUCUCGUCUAGUACAUAUCCUGCGCGCCGGAAAACUUCCUUACCAGCGAGCACUAAAGCUUCAGCAAACCAUCGCAAACCAGUUACUCCAGCAUGCCAAACAUCCACCGAAUGAAGUGAACGUUCAAAUGCCACCCUAUCGCAAUGUUCUCAUCCUAACCGAGCACGAUCCGGUUUACACCAUCGGUAUACGAACACGCGGAUACGACGAAGCGGACGAACAACGAUUGCGAACACUGGGUGCCGACUUUGUGCGCACAAAUCGGGGCGGACUAAUAACGUUCCACGGACCGGGACAACUUGUCGCAUAUCCCAUUCUCGACCUUAAGCACUUUCAACCAAGCGUCCGCUGGUAUGUUUGUCAUCUCGAGCGGACUAUUAUCGAACUAUGCAAACGGUACGGUUUGCGGGCCCAAACAACUGCCGACACGGGCGUAUGGAUCGAGGACAGGAAGAUCUGUGCGCUGGGGAUCCACGCAAGUAGGUACGUAACAACCCACGGGCUGGCGUUAAACUGUGACAUCGAUCUGAGCUGGUUCCAGCACAUCGUACCAUGUGGAUUGGUCGGCAAAUCGGUCACUUCGCUCGCGCAGGAACUAAACCGUCCGGAUCUGGGGAUCGAGAGCGUUACUGGAGAGUUUCUCGAUUGUUUUCGCCAAACGCUCGAGUGCGAUUUAAUUCCGCUGGUGGAAGGCAGCAGAAACGAUCUAAUGAAUGGCAUUUGAAGUGUUAACACUUUCAUAUAUAUUUUUUUAAAUAAACCCGUUUGUGCUAAUUACGAAAUGUGUGCGUUAAUAAAUUGUUAAUAAAUA